AUGGUAGCAUGUGACAAUCCUAGCUCGACGCUGCAGAGUAAACAGAGCCCGGUUAGCUCGACGCUGCAGAGUAAACAGAGCCCGGCUAGCUCGACGCUGCAGAGUAAACAAAGCCCGGCUAGCUCGACGCUGCAGAGUAAACAGAGCCCGGCUAGCUCGACGCUGCAGAGUAAACAAAGCCCGGCUAGCUCGACGCUGCAGAGUAAACAGAGCCCGGCUAGCUCGACGCUGCAGAGUAAACAGAGCCCGGCUAGCUCGACGCUGCAGAGUAAACAGAGCCCGGCUAGCUCGACGCUGCAGAGUAAACAGAGCCCGGCUAGCUCGACGCUGCAGAGUAAACAGAGCCCGGUUAGCUCGACGCUGCAGAGUAAACAGAGCCCGGCUAGCUCGACGCUGCAGAGUAAACAGAGCCCGGCUGGCUCGACGCUGCAGAGUAAACAGAGCCCGGCUGGCUCGACGCUGCAGAGUAAACAGAGCCCGGCUGGCUCGACGCUGCAGAGUAAACAGAGCCCGGCUAGCUCGACGCUGCAGAGUAAACAGAGCCCGGCUAGCUCGACGCUGCAGAGUAAACAGAGCCCGGCUGGCUCGACGCUGCAGAGUAAACAGAGCCCGGCUGGCUCGACGCUGCAGAGUAAACAGAGCCCGGCUAGCUCGACGCUGCAGAGUAAACAGAGCCCGGCUAGCUCGACGCUGCAGAGUAAACAGAGCCCGGCUAGCUCGACGCUGCAGAGUAAACAGAGCCCGGCUGGCUCGACGCUGCAGAGUAAACAGAGCCCGGCUGGCUCGACGCUGCAGAGUAAACAGAGCCCGGCUGGCUCGACGCUGCAGAGUAAACAGAGCCCGGCUAGCUCGACGCUGCAGAGUAAACAGAGCCCGGCUAGCUCGACGCUGCAGAGUAAACAGAGCCCGGCUAGCUCGACGCUGCAGAGUAAACAGAGCCCGGUUAGCUCGACGCUGCAGAGUAAACAGAGCCCGGCUAGCUCGACGCUGCAGAGUAAACAGAGCCCGGCUAGCUCGACGCUGCAGAGUAAACAAAGCCCGGCUAGCUCGACGCUGCAGAGUAAACAAAGCCCGGCUAGCUCGACGCUGCAGAGUAAACAAAGCCCGGCUAGCUCGACGCUGCAGAGUAAACAGAGCCCGGCUAGCUCGACGCUGCAGAGUAAACAAAGCCCGGUUAGCUCGACGCUGCAGAGUAAACAAAGCCCGGCUAGCUCGACGCUGCAGAGUAAACAGAGCCCGGCUAGCUCGACGCUGCAGAGUAAACAGAGCCCGGUUAGCUCGACGCUGCAGAGUAAACAGAGCCCGGCUAGCUCGACGCUGCAGAGUAAACAGAGCCCGGCUAGCUCGACGCUGCAGAGUAAACAGAGCCCGGCUAGCUCGACGCUGCAGAGUAAACAGAGCCCGGUUAGCUCGACGCUGCAGAGUAAACAGAGCCCGGCUGGCUCGACGCUGCAGAGUAAACAGAGCCCGGCUAGCUCGACGCUGCAGAGUAAACAGAGCCCGGCUAGCUCGACGCUGCAGAGUAAACAGAGCCCGGUUAGCUCGACGCUGCAGAGUAAACAGAGCCCGGCUAGCUCUAUUAAAAGCAUUUAA